UGACUAUGCUGUCUGCCUCAGCUGUUCUCAGUUGCACUGUGUGCCUUGUGCUGUGGGGACAGGGCAGAGCUGCGCUGAGUGGGGCUGAACUAGUCCAGAGCAGUGUUAAGUAGAGAGCGAGGUAGAUAGAAAAAAAACAGAGUGAAAGGGGGAGAGAGAGAGAGAGUCAGUGCAGAUUGUGCUUACCAAGCAGACUGGAUUAACAGCUGAAACAAACUGGACCUGUUUUUCUCUUUUUAGCUGAAGGUAGAGACUCAGCGAUAACGUGGAUGGUUGUUUAGACAGAGCUGCAUGCUGGUUAGGUAGCAGGACAGAAAAUUAUGGCCGUCGUACCCAUACCCUCUCACUCUUCCUAGCAUUUAAUAUGGUUCUGUCUCCCCUGGAGUUGGACUCUAAUUUGGGGCUUUUAACCCCUGGAACAGGAAAGGGUUUUUGAUUUGGCAGGGAACGAGACCUGCUGAGAACCAGUCUGGACUGACCCACCAGCAUUUAUUCAUAAUUGGACAGGAACAUUUCUUCUACUACACCAGAUCUGAGACUGACCGCACUGGAGGCGUGUUUUUAAGGAGCUCUCUGGCCUCUAUUGCCCCAGGACCAUGGGCUCUAUCUGGGGCAGCAUUAUAGUGCUGUGUGGGAUGGUUCUGCUCAGGAUGGAGGGCAGCGGAGCCCAACAGACCAGGAACAACGUCCCCCGGCUAAAACUCUCCUAUAAAGACAUGUUGGAGUCUAACAACCUUGUGACGUUUGAAGGCCUGGCCAACAGUUCGGCUUACCACACCUUCCUGUUGGACGAGGAGAAAGGAAGACUCGUGGUGGGAGCCAAGGACCACAUCUUCUCGUUUAACCUCCUCAAUGUCAGCAGGGACUAUACACAGAUCCCUUGGCCAGCUUCUCCCACCAGAAGAGAUGAAUGCAAGUGGGCAGGAAAAGAUCUCUCGAGGGAGUGUUCAAAUUUCAUCAAGGUGUUGCAGCCGUUCAACCAGACCCAUCUCUAUGUGUGUGGCACAGGAGCCUUCCACCCUGUGUGUUCCUACCUGGAGGUGGGCAAGAAACCAGAGGACAGCGUGUUCAGACUGGAGCCUCACGUAGAAAAUGGCAGAGGGAAGAGUCCCUAUGACCCCAAGCUGCUCACUGCUUCCAUGCUAAUUGAUGGGGAACUGUAUGCUGGGACAUCAGCUGACUUCAUGGGGCGGGACUUUGCCAUCUUUCGCACUCUGGGCAAGCAUCACCCUAUCAGGACGGAGCAACAUGACUCCCGGUGGCUAAAUGAUCCCAGGUUUGUGGGUGUUCAUCUGAUUCCAGAGAGCGACAACCCAGAAGAUGACAAAAUCUACCUGCUCUUCAAAGAGAACGCUAUGGAUGGGGAGCAUGCUGGGAAGGCCACACAUGCUCGCAUCGGACAGCUCUGCAAAAAUGACCUGGGAGGUCACAGGAGUCUGGUAAAUAAGUGGACAACCUUCUUAAAGGCUCGACUUAUUUGCUCCGUGCCUGGCAGUAAUGGAAUAGACACACACUUUGAUGAACUACAAGAUGUUUUUCUCAUGAGCACCAAGGAUCCGAAGAGCCCAAUUAUCUAUGCAGUAUUUACCACUUCCAGCAACAUCUUCAAAGGUUCAGCUGUGUGUCUGUACAGCAUGACAGACAUCAGGAGAGUGUUCCUGGGUCCUUACGCUCAUAGAGAUGGACCCAACUAUCAGUGGGUGCCCUUUCAAGGACGUGUUCCCUACCCACGGCCUGGCACAUGCCCAAGCAAAACAUUUGGAGGAUUUGAUACAACCAAGGACCUUCCUGAUGAAGUCGUAACUUUUGCCAGAAGCCACCCAGCCAUGUUCAACCCUGUCUACCCCAUUAACAAUCGACCAAUCAUAGUCAAAACAGAUGUGGACUACCAGUUCACUCAGAUAGUGGUGGAUAAAGUAGAAGCAGAAGAUGGCCAGUAUGAUGUCAUGUUCAUAGGCACAGACAUGGGGACGAUACUGAAAGUGGUAUCCAUCCCAAGAGGCUCCUGGCAUGACCUGGAGGAAGUGCUAUUGGAAGAAAUGACUGUCUUCAGAGAGCCAACAGCCAUUACAGCGAUGGAACUUUCAACAAAACAGCAACAACUGUACCUGGGCUCAGACAUUGGUGUGUCCCAGAUGCCUUUGCAUCGGUGUGAGGUUUAUGGGAAGGCCUGUGCUGAAUGCUGCCUGGCAAGGGACCCUUACUGUGCAUGGGAUGGCACUGAGUGCUCCAGAUACUUUCCCAUGGCUAAGAGGAGAACAAGGAGACAAGAUAUCAGGAAUGGAGACCCACUCACACAAUGCUCAGAUCUGCAACACCAUGAUGAACUAAGUGGGCAGACAACUCUCCUGGAUAAAACUGUGUAUGGUGUGGAGAACAGCAGCACUUUCCUUGAGUGCAGUCCCAAGUCCCAGAGAGCUCUGACAUAUUGGCAGUAUCAGCGCUCUGCCGAUGACCGCAAACAAGAGAUCAAAUCAGAAGAACGUUUCAUCCGCACAGACCAGGGCCUGCUGAUUCGCACGCUUAACAAGAAGGAUUCUGGGAUCUAUCUGUGCCAGGCGGUGGAGCACGGCUUCAUGCAGACGCUUCUAAAGGUCACCUUAGAAGUCAUUGACACCGAGCGCCUGGAGGAUCUGCUACAUCGCGAUGAAGAGGCUGCAGCCAGUGUCCCUGCCCAGGAUCGCUCCUCACCUCAGGAAUCUCCCAAUCAAAAGCUGUGGUACAGAGACUUCCUGUCUUUGGUCAAUCACCCAACUCUGAACAGUGUGGACGAGUUCUGUGAGCAGGUAUGGAAAAGGGAGAGGAAGCACAGGAGGCAGAAAGCUCACCUGGUGCAACAAGUACAAAUACACCAGCAGCAACAGCAGCAGCCGCAGAAGGUUGUGGGGAACCCUCACACCCACGUGCAUGCUCAAGGGCUGGCAGCCAAGUGGAAACACCUGCAAGAGAGGCAGAAGGGACGCAACCGCAGGACCCAUGAACUGGAGAGGGCCCCCCGCAGUGUCUGACCUAUAAAUGUUGACUUUUAACACCCAAACCUGAAACCACACCUAGUUCUCAUUCUGUAACCGUGAUUAACUUACCUACUUGUCUCCUUCAUACUGAGAUACAGACUUCUUCCACAAAGACUGGAUAGAAAAGUUAAACUGGAAAAAGGUAAUACUGUCCUGAUCUGCCAGCUGGUGUGUUUUGUGCGUGGGCAGCCAUGUUUACAGUACGCCAGGACAGAGGACUGCAGGAAACAGGAUGUUGUAUCACGCCAGACCAUUGGAGCAUAUUAUCUCAGCUGGCCUCUGUGGCCUGAACACUGCAGAGGGGCAGUGUCAACCAGCACAAGAACUGGAUACAUAUACCAACCCUAUAGACAUGACUGACUCCAUGUUGAGAUGGCUGUGUCAAUGGCAUUGUCUCAUGGCAUGCUAGUUAGGUGUUUGUAUCAGUGUGAAACUAAGUAGAUACCUAAAAAUACCUAAUUUCUUUUCUACUUCACAAAGAGGAGGUGGGACUGUAUUAAAAACAGUGUGGAGGGUAAAUGGACUUGGAGUGGAAUUACAAGCACAAAAUAAGUGAAGCUCAUAGAAAGCACAAGAUGGGAUAUUUGGUCAUUUCUGGUAUUAUAGAUGGUUAAAUCAGUCAACAUGAGAAAAAAAAUGCCCAAGCACUGCAAGAAACUGGGAGCAGCAGUCACCAUUUGUCGACAAAUAUAAUUAUGUAGCUGAGAUGUGUAAAUACUGUAUUCGAUGAUGUCUCCUCAUGCUAAAGGGAAUGGCUUGCAGUUGUCUUGUUGCUUUACAUUGUUUACCCAGAUAGAAAUUUAUUUAAGAAAAAGUCUUUCGAAAGCAGUCAUAACAGGGAGAUUUUGUACUAGUCUGUGUGUCUACGCCCCAGAUAAGCUUCUCAGACAAUGUCAGGUUUUAUUAUUCUGUUUUGUUUACCUUUUAUUUUCCAAUCAUCAGAUUCCUUUCACUAUCAACAGUCAUUAAGUGACUGUCACUUUAUAGGGAUGUCUGCCAACUGCAUCAUCUCAGUGCACGAAAUGUCAUACUGAGUUCUUCCAUGUUCAUUUAAUUUGUGUACGCUUUGUUUCCACUACAUGUGUAUUUAUUGAUAUACAAUUGUGUAAAUUUUUUUCUUGCAAUUUAUCAUUUGGUUUGAUUAAUUUGAUUUACAUCACCAAUCUCUUAAAAUAACUGUAUUAUCACAAAUACUUUGAUAUCGGUCACUAUUACAUGCAUCACAUAUCAAAUGCACUGAGCAAUAACCCAGUAUCCAUACUGUAUAUUUCUUCCACAUUUAUUGUCUCAUAUCCAUAUUCUUCACAGGCAGCGCAGUGUAAAAACUUCAUUUCACUGCAUGUAACAUAAAAAACUCUUUUUCUGAUUAUAACCUUUAUUAUACAAUGCACACACACACAAACACAAACCUGGAAUGUAGCUGUGAACAUUAUGUAAAUAUAAAUACUAUGGUCUAUGUUUGACAAGUAAGACACUGUGUACUAAUGCAUGUGAAUACUAUUGUAGUGUUCCUGUUUUGCUAUAGCAAUGUAUACUAGUCUGGUGUUGUCAAUGUUAUUCUGUUGUUUGCUUAUGCAGUACACAAUAUUAACAAUUUCAAAGAUGUACAUACUAUUUCUGUUAGGACUCUUAGCUGUAUAACUGAUAAUUCCUAAGGUAGGUAAAAAACAUAAACAAGAUCGAAACAGGAUCUCUCUGUGGAUGCUGAAAUGUCUACAGACCUGUUUACAACAAUGAACAAUGUCAGUUGAGUAUUGCAACACAUCAGUAUGUCAGACCUUGUCUGGUGAGUGUUUGCAAACCUCAUCUGCUUUUGGAAGCCAUGAUGAAGAACGAUGAGAAACAGCUGGAUCCAGCCUUGAGAAAGUGAUUUUAGGCUGACAAGACAAGUUGAACACCAGAGUUGUGGAACUUUCAGUAGAGAUGGGCAUAUGAUAAGAUCAUUAUAAAAAAAGAGAAUAUAGGGUGCCUCUGCAUCUGUCUUGGACAUACAAUGAAAGUGAGGAAAUGAAGUGCUGCUGCUGCUUUUUGGCAUGGUGAUAAUGGUGGUGAUGUAUUCUACUGAUCUAAUAAAUGUCUCUUCAUAAA